AUGCCUUUACACUUCAUGACAAGUCGUUUCUUUGACCUCCAUUGUUCCACAGGCUUGACUGACUGGGACAUGGAUGAGGAAAUGAAACUGGCAACAACAACAGAUCAGUUUUACCAAGCGGACGACAAAAUUUUUGAUAAAUACCUGGUCCAGUGGCACUACGCAAGGAUAUCUAGACGAAAAGAUGCACAUGCUUUUUGCGGCGAGAAAUCCGAGUUUUUGGUACAGCCAAACCUGUGGUUGAUGGUGAACCCGAACCUAGUCUGCCCACUGCAAUAUGUCAAAGACGUCCCAGUGGAACAACCGACACCUCGGGCGGUGAAAACCCACCCAGUCCACGGCGAGUUCUCCACAUCCGCCACCGCUGGUCCCAGUCAGGCCGAACCGACUUCCUCUGCUGAAUGCAUGCUUGGAGGUCCAGACGUUGCCGCCUCGGUGGACGUGCCUAUGUGUAGGAAGAGGACCAUUAAAGCCAGGGACAGCAAGACAGUAAAGCUAGGGGGUUGGCACCGCCCUCCUGUCAAUUACUGCAUCCUCAUUGCCAUAGCUCUCAGCUGCAGCCGUACAGGAAGCCUCAACGUCCAACAGAUUUACAAUUUUACCAGAGAACACUUCCCAUUCUUUCAGACGGCUCCUGAUGGCUGGAAAAACACAAUCCGCCACAAUCUCUGUUUCAGUGACAGCUUCUGCAAGUCCCCUCACCAGCUAGGCAGUAAAGGCAAGAGGAAGUCAUGUUUGUGGCACCUGACCCUGGAUGGCCAGCAGAGACUAAGGGACGUGGUUAAUGUCUUGAAAAGAAAAUUGUUCGAGGACCUGAAGAAGAGCAUGUCCCACCCAGGUGAGACGAGGGUGAUCCCUACCAAGAGAUUUAAUAAGCUAAGCGAGUAG